AGAGAGAGAGUCCUCUCCGCUCUCCAUCAUCGUCAUGAUGAGCAGCAUCGGAUUCCAACCGAGGAUACGCAACAAAAUGUCAACUCUGGCGACUCUCCCUCCACCGCAGACAACAUGAGCAAAGUCCUGCGUGCUCCUUCCCCCCGGAACACGUCGCUCUCGCCAUGCGGAUCCACUGCAAAGUAGUUGUGAUCGCUCUGUGUUUCGGAGUUGUCCUACUUUUCUACUUUUGGGGAGGCAAUGUCGCGGACGGUCCGCUGGAGAAAGAAGUUGCGGUGGAGGGGAGCAGGAACUCUUUUCCGUCGUCGGUCAAGCGCGAUCAUGAUGUUGGUUCAAAGUUGGUGAGGAGAUCUCCCACGGUGCCCGGGGUACGCUCAAAAGAUCUCCCUAAGGGACGAAAUAACGCUAACAAAGUGAUUAAGCGAGGGGGAAACGUCAACGCAAAGAGGAAAACGGGACGUGCGACGGCCAGGCGCCCUCGCAAAGAGGAAUUCAUGCACUUGGCCAUGGUGGCAUGUGGAAAUCGUGUCGAGGAGACCUCGACGCUCAUCAAAUCGGCUGUCCUGUUCAGCCUGAAGAAGAUCAAGGUUCAUAUUUUUGCUGAGGACCCGUUGAUCCCUCAGUUUAAAGAAAUGUUCCGCCAGUGGCCUGGAUUUAUCACCGCCAAGUUCAAGUACAACCUGUACCCAAUCACCUUCUCAGUGGGGAACGCCGACGAAUGGAAGAAGCUCUUCAAGCCGUGCGCCGCUCAGAGACUCUUUCUUCCUGUCAUCCUCAAGGACGUGGACUCGUUGCUAUACGUGGACACCGAUGUGCUGUUCCUGCGACCCAUGGAUGAUAUCUGGAGAAUGCUCAAGUCCUUCAACAGCAGUCAGCUGGCAGCAAUGGCUCCGGAGCACGAGAUCCCCAAGAUCGGCUGGUACAGCCGCUUUGCACGGCAUCCUUUCUACGGCAUCUCAGGGGUCAACUCGGGUGUCAUGCUGAUGAAUCUCACAAGAAUCCGCAGCACAUUGUUCAAGAAUGGCAUGAUCGCCACUGGCCUAUCCUGGGAGGAACUUUUGCACCCACUUUAUCAGAAAUACAAGAACCACAUCACAUGGGGAGAUCAGGACCUCCUCAACAUUAUAUUUCACUACAAUCCAGAGUGUCUAUUCAUCUUCCCUUGCCAGUGGAACUACAGGCCCGAUCACUGUAUGUACGGGAGUAACUGCAAAGGAGCUGAAGAGGACGGUGUGUCCAUCCUCCAUGGCAACCGGGGAGUCUAUCAUGAUGAGAAGCAGCCGGCGUUCAAAGUAGUUUAUGAUGGAAUACGUGAUUUCCCCUUUGACGACAACAUGUUCCAGUCACUCUUCUAUCCCAUCCAGGCCAAAUUCUUAGACACGGUCAACACGCUAUGUGGUCGAAUCCCACAAGUCUUCCUGAAGCAGAUAGAAAAGACCAUGAGGAAAGUAUUUGAGGAGAAUGUGAUUCGACAUAUCAGGCCACACGACUGACUGUCUGUGCCAUGGACUUCCUCUCAAUGUGACCGACCACGGGGCCUUGGACCACUUUGUGAAAACACUUUCCUGAACUGUGGUUAUGAACAGGAAUGUUUUUCUUGUGACCAUUUUCUUAUGUUCACUACUCAUGUCAACGUUGUGGUCGGACAACUUUUGAUUUAUAUUAUUGUGCACUACCAAAAUGGAAAGGAUGUAUUUUUUUUCCUCAUGAAUUCAUCUCAGUAAUUACACCUGAUUGUUGGGCACAAUGUUAUUUUUGUCAUUAACUUGACCAAAAAACAUUCAUGUGCUAACAGAGCUAUCCUCUAAAAGAAAGUCCACUUAUGAAAUUGGAGGGUUAUUUAGCAAAGUGUGAAUGUUGUA